AUGGGUUUGAAGUUGUAUUUCAUCCUUUUUUUAGUGCCCUUUAUACAAUGUGACAAAAUUGUAUCCGAUUUGAAUGCGGACAUCAUUCGCGAAAUCUUCGGCGAUGCCACAUACCAAGCGCCACCACAGGCGGUCCAGGUUGCAGCCAUCACACCAGCAAACAACACCUUAGUGGAUCCAGAAUAUUUCGAAUCCAUGGACACGUAUUACCCAGCUGCAGCUGACUACGAUAAAUUUGACUGGACUCUUACAAAGCGUGUAGCGGCAUCGUCAGAGGAGAACUUCUUGCUGUCGCCAUUGGGGCUGAAGUUAGCUCUGGCUAUCCUGACAGAAGCAGCAACAGGAGCAACCCGUGCUGAGCUAUCUUCCGUGCUUGGUUUCGACCUGGACAGAGUUUUGGUUAGGAAAAAGUUUGCCGGUAUAUUGGACUCAUUACAGUCAAAAUCUUCGAAGUAUAUACUCAACUUGGGUAGCAGAAUCUACGUUGGAGAAAACGGUGAACCUCGUCAACGCUUCGCUGCGAUCGCUGAGAAUUACUAUAAGACUGAGUUAAUGAAGAUAGAUUUCGGCAAUCCCGUGGAAGCGGCAAGUUCUAUUAACGGAUGGGUCUCUAACAUAACUCUAGGACGGAUACCGAAUUUAGUAAAUGCAGAUGACGUCGCAGAAGUUGCGAUGUUAGUGCUCACGACUCUUUACUUCAAGGGUACUUGGCGACACCAGUUCGUUCCUAAUGCAACCAGACCGUCCUCGUUCUACGUCUCAUCAAAAAUCUCCAAGGAGGUUCAGUUUAUGAAUGUCAAAAACAAGUUUUAUUACGCCGAGUCAUCCAAGUUCGACGCGAAAAUUUUAAGAAUGCCGUAUUUGGGUGACAAAUUUGCAAUGUAUAUUGUAGUUCCGAACUCCUUAACCGGGUUGCCGCGCGUAUACAACAACCUAAGUGACCUUCGCAGUGAGCUACACCAUUUGCAACGGCACUUGGUAGAUUUGACCCUGCCAAAGUUCAAAUUCGACUACACUUCAAUUUUAGACGGCGUGCUAAAAGAGUUGGGUAUUCGAGAAGCGUUCGAAGACACGGCUUCGUUCCCUGGUAUCUCUCGUGGGCAACUACUGUCCCAACGGCUAAAGGUGUCGAAGGUGUUGCAACGAUCUGGCAUAGAAGUAAAUGAACUUGGAAGUAUAGCUUACUCGGCUACAGAAAUAUCGCUGGAAAACAAGUUCGGCGAAGAUGAGUCUUUCUACGAGGUGGUGGUUAACAGACCCUUCAUGUUCUUCAUCCAGGACGAAGCGACAAGACAGUUAUUAUUUACAGGUCGCGUAUCAGACCCAAGUCUUGUAGACGACUGGAAAAUGGCUUCGAAUAGACAAGUAGUUAGCGUAGAUCAACCAAAUGCUGAAUCUAUUCUACUCGACUGGCUAAAUGACGAAGAUUGUACCGACGAUGAAUCUCAACCACUUGAACCAUCUUGA